AGUUGAGAAGAGUCGAAACGCCUCAACCGCCAUGGCGUCGCCGGGGCAACGACGGGCGUCGGCGAAGAGCAUGGUUGGGAAGCGCGUUGGCGACUGGACGAGCGACGACGUCAUGCAAUGGCUCCACACAGAAGGACUCGCGGCCUACGAGAGCCUCUUCUUGACCCAAGAGACGCUCAACGGCGAGUUUCUGCUCGAAUUCUCGACGCCGACGCUGGAUCACAUGGGCAUCACGAGUCUCAAGCAGCGCAAGGAGCUCCUCAAGGCCAUCCACAGCCUACAGGUCCGCGCGCUCGAAGAGGUUCGCGCGUCGCCUCGCACCACCAUUAGCAAUCAAGUGCUCGAGCCCGAGUUCAACGAAGACGCAAGCCAUGCGUCCUUUCUCGAGGCGUUGCAGGCCUGGCGCCAGCCCUCCCAGGCGCACGUGGACCAUGGCACCGCUACGAGCCUUCCAACAGUGUGCUGGCACUGCCUGGCGCCGUGUCGGCAGCUCGUGCCAGCACCUGAUGCGCGUACCGUGUGCUCGAAGCGCUGCUUGGACGCGCUGAUUGCAGCGGACACGCAGGCGCGCGAAGCAGUCGCGUCACAAGCUGCUGCCCAGCGCGCUCGGCUGCAAGCCACGUGGUCCUUGGACAUCCAGCUGCAGACCAGAUCGGCAGACAAGCAAACGUGAUUGGCGCAUAAACAAUGAAAUCCACCAAUCCGAACGCGCCAUUCUUGGCAUUAUAGCCAGUCAAAAGUGAGAACGCCACA